ACCACCUGACCGGUCAAUUGUUUUUCUGGUUUUAUUGCGACAUAAGUCCCCAAUGAAGGCCAGCCACUGAUUCUUGACUUUUGACAAUAUCUGACCCACAUCGUGGUUUGGAUAAAUUCGCUUUGUGGAAGAAAGCACGAUUGCAGUCCCACCACGUUGCCGUCCUCCUUUCACCUCCCCUCUUCCUGCUCCUCAUUCUACUGACGUCACAGCGGCGAGGGGAGCUGUCCUGCUGAAACAAGAUGGCUGUGCGGGCGGGAGGAGCGGCGAGCUGAGGCAAUGCAGGGGAGCUACAAAAGUGGACACAGGGUUUCACCCCUGUGCCGAGCAGAAGACGACAGCCGCGCGUAGCGACCGACGAGCCCGUGUGAGAGAACACCUCGUUUAUCUUCCUCAAAUUUGGCUUUUAACAGUCAGACGGAGGGAGCGAGACUGCAAAUCACGGUUCGCUCAGGCAGCGGCGGCUCACCGUAGGACAGCCGGGAUCCCUCACGCCACGCGACGGAGAUGUCCCUACUAUGUGUGGGAGUGAAGAAAGCCAAGCUGGAUGGACCCCAAGAGAAGUUCAACACCUAUGUGACUCUGAAAGUCCAAAAUGUGAAGAGCACAACCAUCGCCGUCAGGGGCAACCUGCCCAGCUGGGAGCAAGACUUCAUGUUUGAAAUCAACCGCUUGGACCUGGGUCUAACUGUCGAGGUGUGGAACAAAGGCUUAAUCUGGGACACGAUGGUUGGCACAGUGUGGAUUCCCCUCCACAGCAUCAGACAGUCAAAUGAGGAAGGCCCGGGUGAGUGGCUCACAUUGGACUCUCAGGUCAUCAUGACUGAUAAUGAGAUCUGCGGCACCAAAGAUCCCACGCUUCACCUGAUGCUGCUCGACACGCGUUUUGAGCUGCCCCUUGACAUCCCAGAGGAUGAGGCGAGGUACUGGGCCAAAAAACUGGAACAACUUAAUGCAAUGCGGGAACAAGAUUACUCAUACCAAGAAGAACAGGAGCGCCCACUCCGGGUUCCGAGCACCCAGUGCUGUAAUUGGAGUUUAUGGGGAGAUCAACCAAAUGAUGACCCCGACAGCGCUGUGGAUGACAGGGACAGCGACUACCGCAGCGAAACCAGUAACAGCGUCCCACCCCCGUACUACAGCACAUCGCAGCCCAACGCGUCUGUCCACCAGUAUCCCAUCAGCCACCAGCACCGUGACUCCAGAGGCGUCUCGUACCCGCACUUGACCAACAGCCACGACCUUGACUACCAUCAUCAGCGGACUGUUAGUCCCGCUGGAAGCUAUGCAUCAUCUGCAGAGUUGAGUCGGUGCAGCAGUCAGCUGAGUGAAGAGGACUACGGCGGGGAAUAUGGAGAGAGGGAUCCGUACGAUGAGAACGACUCCUACCACUCGUGCCACUCGUCGGUGAGCUACAGUAAAGGUUCCCCAGACUGGGACCCCGAUGAGACUCAAGGUGCAUACAGUGAUGAGGGUGGCUACAGCAAAGACGGGGGUGAGGAGGCAGCUCUGUACGAGGAAGAAGAUGGAGGAUUAUAUGAGGUGGAGGAGGAAGGCCUUUACGAGGACGAAGACUUGAUGUACGAUGAUGACGAUUUAUACAAUUUGGAUGGAAACCUCAGCGAGGAUUUGGAACCUCCAUUCACACCCACCCCAACAUCCAGCGCUCCGCCGGCUCUUGACGUCCCGAGCUCGAGACCUCCACUGGAGAAACAACCUUCAGUCCAUGAAAAACAGCCCCCCGCGCAACCUGCGAAUCAAGUGUCCGGCCAGGGUCCUCCUGCUGGUGUCGCUCCGACAGCACAACCCCUUCCUGGUCAUCAAACUUCCCCAGCGCCUAAACAGCCGCCGCCCCCGCAAACGCAGGCACAGACGGCUCCGUCCGCCACCUCCUUCUUCUCAAUGGCCAAACCCCUGACAGCCGCAGUCACGGGCUUAGCCUCCACUUUCCUGUCUUCUGUCCCCAACGCCCAACCCGCCCAGUCUCACCCCCCGCCACCGGCUGAACAACAUCAGUCCACGGCAGCAAACAAUCUUCCGCCUUCACACCCUGCCACCUUAGCUGCAACUCAGCCCCCCUCCACCGCCAUGGGUCCUUCUUCCCAGCAGAUUGCAAAUUCGACACAGCCCGCGUCUUCACUUAACGGUUCUGCCGCUGUACAAUCACCCGCCCCCGAGGAUGAGGGUUCGCAAAUGAAAGAAGAGCCUUGGUUGGAGGAGGAAAAUCUACUGGAGGAGGCCGUGGCGUCCCCUAACCCUCCAGAGGAGAAUCUCGGCAUUGAGCGGAAGGAGCACAUCGAAACAAGCGGGCCACCAACCCCUGAGGAAAAAGAGAUGACGCCUGAGAGUCCUCCAGUCAUAGAGGAGCCCAAAGAGCCAGUGGAUCCAGCGGUCCGAGCCAAAGAGAACUGGCUUCGACUCUACAACAAGGUUUUGGACCAGCUUCGGGAGGUGCGAGGAGAAACCUCCAGCUCGUUAUGGUUUGGUAAAGGAGGAAUGGGAGGUGCACUCUAUAGUAUUGACAGCAUGCCGGACCUUCGGAAGAGAAAAGCCAUUCCUCUUGUCAGGGAUCUGGCGAUGUCGCUGGUGCAGAACUCGCGUAAGGCGGGAAUCACGUCUGCAAUGGCCUCAACAACGCUCGGCAACGAAGAGUUGAAAAGUCACGUUUAUAAGAAAACGCUGCAGGCUCUCAUCUACCCCAUCUCCUCCACGACGCCGCACAAUUUUGAAGUGUGGACAGCCACCACCCCCACCUACUGCUACGAAUGUGAAGGCUUGCUGUGGGGCAUCGCCAGACAAGGCAUGCGCUGCUCUGAGUGUGGCGUCAAAUGUCACGACAAGUGCCAAGAUCUGCUGAAUGCCGACUGUCUGCAGAGGGCUGCUGAGAAAAGUUCCAAGCACGGAGCAGAAGACCGAACCCAGAAUAUCAUCAUGGUCCUAAAGGACCGCAUGAAGAUCAGAGAGCGGAACAAACCGGAGAUCUUUGAGCAAAUCCAGGAAGUCUUUGGCCUUGACAAAUCAACACACGCUACCCAGAUGAAACAGAUCAAGCAGAGCGUGCUUGACGGUACAUCCAAAUGGUCAGCAAAGAUCAGCAUCACUGUGGUAUGUGCACAGGGACUCCAGGCUAAAGACAAAACUGGUUCCAGUGAUCCAUAUGUGACCGUCCAGGUGGGAAAGACCAAAAAAAGAACCAAGACUAUUUAUGGCAACCUAAACCCAGUGUGGGAAGAGAACUUCCACUUCGAGUGCCACAACUCUUCGGAUCGCAUCAAGGUUCGAGUGUGGGAUGAGGAUGAUGACAUCAAGUCUCGCGUGAAACAGAGGUUCAAACGUGAGAGCGAUGAUUUCCUCGGUCAAACCAUCAUUGAAGUCCGCACGCUGAGUGGGGAGAUGGAUGUUUGGUAUAACCUUGACAAGAGGACCGAUAAAUCUGCUGUGUCGGGAGCCAUCCGCAUGCACAUCAGCGUGGAGAUUAAAGGAGAGGAGACAGUGGCGCCUUAUCACGUCCAGUACACCUGUCUUCAUGAGCAUCUCUUCCAGUACACCACAGAGGACCAGAAUGGCGGCGUAGUAAAGAUUCCCGAUGCCAAAGGAGACGAUGCCUGGAAGGUGUAUUUUGAGGAGACUGCUCAGGAGAUAGUGGAUGAGUUUGCCAUGCGUUAUGGUGUGGAGUCCAUCUACCAGGCUAUGACCCACUUUGCCUGCUUGUCAUCUAAAUACAUGUGCCCCGGAGUGCCCGCUGUGAUGAGCACUUUGCUUGCCAACAUCAACGCUUACUAUGCUCACACCACCCAGUCCUCCAACAAUGUUUCUGCUUCCGAUAGAUUUGCUGCAUCCAACUUCGGCAAGGAGAGGUUUGUCAAGUUACUGGAUCAGCUGCACAACUCCCUGAGGAUUGACCUCUCCAUGUACCGGAAUAAUUUUCCUGCCAGCAGUCCUGAAAGACUUCAAGAUCUCAAGUCUACCGUGGACCUGCUUACCAGCAUCACAUUCUUCAGGAUGAAGGUCCAGGAACUACAAAGUCCCCCCCGAGCCAGCCAGGUUGUGAAGGACUGUGUGAAAGCCUGCCUCAAUUCCACCUAUGAAUACAUCUUCAACAACUGUCACGACCUCUACAAUAGGGAAUAUCAGACGGAUCCUUCAAAGGCGGUCCCUCCAGAUGAGCAGGGUCCGAGUGUCAAGAACCUGGACUUCUGGUCCAAACUCAUCACGCUCAUUGUUUCCAUUAUAGAGGAGGAUAAAAAUUCCUACACACCUUGCCUUAAUCAGUUUCCACAGGAAUUAAAUGUGGGCAAGAUCAGCGCUGAGGUCAUGUGGAAUAUGUUUGCUCAAGACAUGAAAUACGCCAUGGAAGAACAUGAGAAGCACCGUCUGUGUAAAAGUGCCGAUUAUAUGAACUUGCACUUCAAGGUGAAGUGGCUUUAUAAUGAGUACUGCAAGGAAUUGCCCACCUUCCAGAAACAUGUACCUGAAUAUCCGGCAUGGUUUGAGCCAUUUGUCAUCAUGUGGUUGGAUGAAAACGAGGAAGUAUCCAGAGAUUUUCUCCACGGUGCUCUGGAGAGGGACAAAAAAGACGGCUUCCAAGUCACUUCGGAACACGCUUUGUUCUCGUGCUCGGUGGUGGAUGUGUUCUCUCAGCUCAAUCAGAGCUUCGAAAUCAUCCGCAAACUGGAGUGUCCCGACCCCCAGAUUGUUGGCAACUACAUGAAGAGAUUCGCCAAGACCAUUGGCAAUGUUCUGCUGUCUUACGCCGACAUCAUCGCGAAGGAAUUUCCAAAUCAUGUCAAGAAGGAGAAGGUGCCAUGUAUCAUCAUCAACAAUAUCCAGCAACUCCGAGUUCAGCUGGAAAAAAUGUUUGAGGCAAUGGGAGGAAAAGAUCUCAAUGUGGAGGCAAGUGACUUCCUGAAAGAACUGCAGAAUAAACUCAACAGCGUCAUGGACGGCCUCAGCCACAUCUUUGCUGUCAGUUUCCAGCCCCAAAUCGAGGACAACGUCAGACAGAUGGGGGACAUCUUGGCCCAGGUCAAAGGUCAGACCGUGCCGGCAAAUGGCAGCGUAGUUCAGGAAGCAGACAAUGUUCUGCAGCCCAUCAUGGACUUUCUGGACAGCAACCUUUCGUUGUUUGCGAAAAUCUGCGAGAAGACCGUUUUGAAGAGAGUGCUGAAGGAGCUGUGGAAACUGGUCAUGAAUACCAUGGAGAAAACCAUUGUGCUUCCUACGCUGACCGACCAAACGGGCACUCAGAUGAUCUUCAAUGCUGCUAAGGAAUUAGGCCAACUGUCCAAGCUCAAGGAGCACAUGGGCCGAGAGGAGGCCAAAGCUUUGACUCCCAAACAGUGUGCGGUCAUCGAACUGGCACUCGACACCAUUAAGCAAUACUUCCAUGCCGGCGGCGUAGGCCUGAAGAAAACCUUCUUGGAGAAGAGUCCAGACCUUGCGUCUCUGCGUUACGCCUUGUCUCUGUACACACAGGCCACGGACAAACUCAUCAGGAAGUUUGUUCUCUCCCAACAUGCUCAGGUCCACGGAGGCAAAGGGAUCCGCUACACGGCAAAUGAAGACACACCACCAGAGAAACCAUCGGGGGUGGACGCAGUUGGAGAGGUGGUCAUGCAUGUGGACAUUCUACCUCAGCCUAACGGCGAGCACAAGAUCAGCAUCAAAGUGGUGGCCGCUAACGACUUGAAAUGGAGGGCGCAGGGUUUUCGGCCUUUCGUGGAGGUCUACAUCAUCGGGCCUCACCUUAGUGACAAGAAAAGGAAGUUUGCAACCAAAUCGAAGAACAACAGCUGGUCCCCCAAAUUCAAUGAGAGCUUCCAGUACUCACUGGGCACCGAGGUGGGUCCCGAGAGCUACGAGCUGCAAGUGUGCGUGAAGGACUACUGCUUCGCCCGCGAGGACCGCACGGUGGGCAUGGCCGUGCUGCAGGUGAAGGACAUUGCCAACAAGGCCAACGUCACUUGCUGGCUGCCGCUGGGCCGCCGCGUCCACAUGGACGAGACGGGCCUGACGGUGCUGCGCAUCCUGUCGCAGCGCAACAACGACGACGUGGCCAAAGAGUUCGUCAAGCUCAAGUCGGACCAGCGCUCGGCCGAGGAGGGCCGCAGCUGAGGGGGGCCGGGGGGGGACGGGGCCCCACCACGUGCGGUACACAAGCACACGCGCCUGCAAACGCGCCGCUGUAAAUACUUUCGCCGUCAUUUUUUUUGCAACAUUGAGGGCAGAAUAUCUUUCUACAAAUUCAUCUUUCCUUUGGACACAUUUUGACUCUUAGCUUCAGGUUAGCCACACUCGUGAUACUAACGUCGCACUUUUUUUCUACAGCCAACACUUAGAUGUGAAAAUCAUGACAAGACACAUGAAGAGUCGGAGGAUGACCACUUUUGCACUUUUGCCUCCCUGCAUAUUCAAGGAGAGCGUCGCUACUCUAUGCUACGUCUGUCUGUGUGUUUGCGCGUUGUUCUUCCACCGCCUGCCCGUCUUGUGUGAAGUGGAUCUCGGGCCGCGAGUCUGAGAGAAGUUUCGUUCAGUUAACAGGGGUGUCCAAACAACGCCGAGCAAGAGGAAAGAAAACGUCAGGUCCAUCUUAAAAGCAUAGCUUGGGGAUUUUGGUGCGCCUAGCAUCCAGGAGGCUACUAGUGCAUGACGCAUGCUUACUAGUUAGGUUUAAUUGGGUACUCGUGGGCCAAAAUUAGAAAGUAGUGUUAAAAAAAAAAUGUUCAUUGAAUAAUGCUCAUUGAGUAAAUGUGCUAAUGACUUUCCAUACCAAUCACAUUGUAAAUUUAUAAACACAAUUUUUACAUUGGAAAA